AUGGCGUCCGGCAGCUCACCUUCUUCCCCGAGCCACCUCAAAUGCUGCGAAUGCGGAUGUGUCUGCUCCAUGAUGGACCGCUCCCUUUCGGGCACAUACCUCCGGUCGGUCAAACGUAAAUAUGAAGAAUUUGAAGAUGAGAAGCCCUUCACAAUCCCGGGACUUGUCGUGCCCCAAAAUGCCCGUGUAGAGAUCGAGAACGAGUGCCAGGCUUUACGUGAGACGGUUGCCAGCCAGCAGCAGACGAUUCAGGAACUUAUUGUCGAGCUCGAGGAGGAAAGAAAUGCCUCGUCAUCGGCCACAAGCGAAGCCAUGUCCAUGAUCCUGAGGCUGCAGAGAGAAAAGGCCGAGGUUCAGAUGGAGGCCAGGCAGUUCAAGAGGUUUGUCGAGGAGAAAAUGGCGCACGAUCAGCAAGAGACCUUGGCCUUGGAGGAUUUGCUGUACAAACGGGAGCAGGCCGUUCAGUCCCUUACAUGUGAAGUGGAGGCGUAUAAACACAGGAUGAUGAGUUAUGGGCUCACAGAGGACGAGGCCAACGAAUGGCUCGACGGUGAUAGGACCCACAGGAACACGAGCAUGAUUGAGAAUCUCGAAAGCCCGUCUGGGUUUCCCCAUUACGAGAUUUACCCAUCUCUCAAGGUCAACAUCAAUGGAUCCCAGGCUUAUAUGGAUGGUGGUGAAGAGGAUGCUGCCGAUAAUGCCGAGAAAUACGCAUCAGGUGAAACUCCGAGCUCCCGCCACCAGCUCAAAGAUUUGGAGUUCCGGAUUAAUCAGCUGGAGAAAAACAGUCCCAGGACCAUCCAGCCCGACCGGGAGUCAAGGAAUGUGCUCGAGAAUGUGGUCGUGGGCCACUCCCCGAGGCGGGCUGACAGGCAUUUCAGGAAGUUCUCUACGGAUAGCUCGGGCUCACCAUUUAGUGCCACGGGCCGGGAGUCCGAACCAGACUACUCACCAAGGUAUGGGUCCAGCUUCAGGAAGUCCGAGCUUUCUCAUCUGGACUUGAGCUCUAAUCUGAAGAAGACAGAUAGCAGGUCCGAAACCGGGGAUGAGACGGAUGAUAGGGUCUACACAAUAGAUUCUAUUCAUCAGGGGGCCCCAGCAAAUGGCAUGGCCGAGAACAAGGCUUCUGCUGAGGUUGUUGGCGAUGAGUAUACAAUGACUCCCAGGGAUUCAGAUUUGGAGAUACAAAAGCUUUACGCAAGGCUCCAUGCGCUCGAGGCAGAUCGGGAGUCUAUGAGGCAGGCGAUUAUUUCGAUCGGAACAGAUAAGGCGCAACUAGUGCUACUGAAAGAGAUUGCUCAGAACCUCUGCAAGGAGAUGCCGCCGACAAGGGCUGUGCCGCUGAGAAAGCAGGUGGCGGUGGGGAGUUUCUCAUCCCUAUCGAUAUUCAGGUGGAUCACCUCUUUUGUUUUGUGGAGAAGAAAAGCUCGGAGCUGCAAGUACAUGUUUGGGUUAUCGACCAAUAACACGGGCUUGCUAAUACUUCUAGACCGAGGUCCUUGUGUAGGGCGAUUGAGACACAUAAAGAUUACAAGCACGUGA